GAAGUAAUGGCCUCGUCGAGAUAAAACACCAUGGAUGAUAACGAUGACGGCAAAGCGCACCAGCCGGGUUCCUCGGACCUGUCCAUCUUUGCUCGCCAUCUUUCUACUAACGCUGAGCGUGCAUCUUGCAAAAACGACAUUCGAGUAUGACCCGUAUAAAAUCCUGGGUGUCAGCAGGAGUGCAAGUCAACCAGAAAUCAAAAGGGCCUACAAGAACCUGGUCAGAGUGUGGCAUCCAGAUAAGAACAAGGACCCCAAAGCUGAGGACAUGUUCAUCAAGAUUUCCAAGUCAUACGAGAUCCUGUCUAACGAGGAGCGGAGGUCCAACUUCGACCGUUACGGGCAGAUGGAUGAAAACAGCCACGCGCAGCAUCCUGGUUUCCGCAACUUCCACAGGAGCUUCUACUUCGAUGAGUCCUUUUUCCAUUUCCCCAGGUCCAGGGACUUUUCCGACAGCAAGUACAUGCUGCACCAUGCACAGUUCAACAGCGACGUCCUUCCAGACAGCCACAAGAGGCCGUACCUGAUAAAAGUGACCUCUGAGUGGUGCUUUGCAUGCAUACACAUCGAGCCUGUGUGGAAGGAGACCGUGCAGGAGCUGGAGCCUCUGGGCGUGGGCAUUGGGAUAGUGGACCUCGGCUACGAGCGCCGCCUGGCAAACCAGCUGGGAGCUCACCGCGCUCCCUCCAUCAUCGGGCUGGUGAACGGCAGAGUGACCUUCUUCCAUCAGGCGGUGGUACGGGAGCACCUGAGGCAGUUUAUUGAAGAUCUGCUGCCACAUAAGCUGGUGGAGAAGAUCACAGACCAGAACUACCUUUCCUUUCUUGAUAGUUGGCAGACGGAAAACAAGCCCAGCCUUCUCUUAUUUGACCAAGUCCCCGUCGUUCCCCUAAUGUACAAGUUAACAGCGUUCGCCUUCAGAGACUACGUUCGGUUCGGCUUUGUGGUCCAGGACGACACACACAGCGCUAAGCUCCUGCGACAGUUCAACAUAAACAACUACGCUCCCACCAUGCUGCUGUUCAAGGAGGACACCGAGAAGCCUGUGGACGUCAUCCAGGCCAGAGGGAUGAAGCGACAGAUCAUGGAUGAGUUUGUCUCCAACAACAAGUUCCUCCAGGUGCCGCGGCUGGUCAGCCAGCAGCUUUUUGACGAGCUGUGUCCCGUCAAGCAAUUCCACCGACGGAGGAAGUACUGCGUGCUGCUAAUCACAGGGGAGGAUCAAGCCUUUAUUCCAGGCAACAAAGCCUUCCUGGAGUUUGCCUCGGUUAACAGAAAAGAUGUGCUGCGGUUCGCGUACGUCUACCAGCGCCAACAGCAGCCUCUUUGUCAGGCGCUGCUCCCCAACCAAGCUGCACUCUCACCUCAGGUGGUGAUUCUUGAGAGGAGGAGCCAGGCUGGCAAGGUCCUGUACCGCUCUGUGAGUGGUGGCUGGAAUGGCAGCGAAGAGGACAAGUACCGCCUCCACGAACAGCUGGAGCUCCUUCAGAAAGACCCCACCUACCUGAGCUCCGAUGCCACUUUGCCAGAACUCAACAACGAGAUGGCCCCCAUUUUUAUCAUUCAGUGGAUGAAUGCUGCAUAUGAUUACAUCGUCCAAAUAUAUGACGACCUUCUCUACUCAAACUGGCGAGAGAUGAUGCCCAUCCUGUCCUUGAUCUUCUCUGCUCUCUUCAUUCUUUUUGGCACCGUCAUCAUUCAGGCCUUCAGCGAGCCAGGUGAGACCAAACCCAGAAAACCGAAGCCGAAGGAGCAGCCGCAAACUGAGGACGAUGCGUCGAGCAGAGCGAGUUCCUGGAGCCGUCCUCCAAAGAAGGACUUCGUGGAAGUGACGGAGCUGACAGACAUAACGUACACCAGUAACCUGGUCAAGCUGAGGCCCGGUCACGUCAACGUCGUCCUGGUGCUCACCAAUGCCUCCAAGAACGCUUUGCUCAGGAAGUUUGCCAAGGAGGUUUUCUCUUUCUCUGGGACUCAGACCCUCCACUUUUCCUUCCUCAACGCCGACAAGCACCGUCACUGGAUGCCGUCUCUCCUGCGCUCGGCCAGUGAUGCCGCAUGGAGUGCGAACCACUCGGACGAGGACGAGGAGUCCUCGGACUACUCCGGCCACGUCCUGGCCCUCAACGGCCACAAGAAAUACUUCUGCCUCUUCAGGCCCGUCUUCACGGGAGACGAUCCCAACGACUCCUCGUCCGAGGCCUCGUUCUCCUCCGACACCAGGAGAAAGUCCCGGUCCAGGUCCAGGUCCAGCUCCCACUCUCGGUCCAGGUCCCACUCCAGGGAAGACGGAGCCGGCUCCCGGAGAGGCUCCGGCAGGGCCACCAGCAUAGACGUCCACCACAAGCUUGACAGGCUGGGACUGUGGAUGGAGAGGCUGAUGGAGGGGACCCUGCCCCGAUUACACGUCCCCACGUGGCCCACGCUCGACGACACUACCUCCAAAGAGAGCUGAGGUCGACGCGACAAAGUUACGCCACGUGGUCUUGCGGCCUCUUGAGGAAAAUACUUUAGCGAGGAAACCUGCAGACCAGCUGCGGUUUGUCAAAUAAUUAUCUUAAGUUCCCCUUCUCAGAUGUAUGUUGCCGCCGAAACCGCCGCAACCUGUUUGCAGAAUGUCUUAUUUUCACGUCGAGCAGAUGGAAAUUGACGACUUGGAGAGAAGUCGGCACGGGCCUACACAGUCGAGCUUCACACACACACAACACAGAUGGUGGGUGCUGUUGGCAAGCAACACCUUUCACAUGAGUGUUACGGUUGCACAAUGCAAAUUUUCAUAUUGCUUUAUCUGCUCACAUGAACACAUAAACAGAGUCUGAAUGCAUGGCGGCACAGGCGUCAGCUCUAGCUAGCUGUGUGCAUGCACUGUGCGCUCAAAGUGACACCAAGUCGACCUCUCCUUUAACUUCUGCCUCUGUCAUACAACCUGGGAACAUGAAGUUAUGUUAUUUUAGCUCCACUCCACAAGAUUUGAUGAGAUUGAUGAAGAAUUAUAAGAUUGAUGAAGAAUUCUCCUCCCCUCGAUCACACCUCCACACGGGCUUUUCGUCAGCUAACAGCUAGCAAACUCAGCCCGUCGCACUGAAUUGUUUCCUCCCGUGAGGUUUAAGGAGCCUUCGGUUGAACGUGAUUAUUGACCUUUGUUUGUUAUUAAUAAUCGUGACGCAGCUUUGUAAUGACUCAUGUACUAACAGUCAGCUCAAUACCAUUUACAUGUGAUUCUUCCCGGUGUUUUGAGUUUGGUUUAAGUCGCCGCGUCUCGCUGCUAUUUCGUUAAGGGAUUUAAUUGGUACUUACUGCCUUUUUUUUUUUUUUGUCUUGCUUGUUGCUUCUUGUUUAGAGUGGAUUUCACAUUUUCUUCAAUUCUUCUCAGGGAGAAAUGAUAAAUCCUACCAUAAUAGACUUUUCUUUUUUUUUUUUUUUUUAGGUCUGUGCCCUUAAA